CGUCUUCUUCUUCUUCCUCGAACAACUCUCUCUCUCUCUCUCUCUCUCUCGCUCUCUCUCGAUCGAGUUGAUCAUAGAAAGAUUGCAGUGAUGGCACUUCGAGCUCUCGUGACCAGAAAAGCCUUAACAGGCGGGCUAGGACUAGGGUCACAGACCAUCCGGGCCAUGCAGACCUUCUCGCACUCGCUCCCAGAUCUUCCCUACGACUACGGCGCUCUCGAGCCGGUCAUCAGUGCAGAGAUCAUGACGCUUCAUCACCAGAAGCAUCACCAGACUUACGUCACCAACUACAACAAAACCCUCGAGCAGCUCAUCGACGUCAUGGACAAAGGCGACGCUCCGACCAUCGUUAGAUUGCAGAGCGCCAUCAAGUUCAACGGCGGAGGUCACAUCAACCACUCAAUUUUCUGGAAGAAUCUUGCCCCUGUUCGUGAAGGAGGUGGUGAUCCUCCAAAGGGUUCUUUAGGUUUGGCUAUCGACAUGCAUUUUGGUUCUUUGGAGUCGCUGAUAGUAAAGAUGAAUGCCGAAGGUGCUGCUUUACAAGGCUCUGGAUGGGUGUGGCUUGGCUUGGACAGAGAGUUUAAUAGGCUACUGGUUGAGACCACUGAAAAUCAGGACCCACUUGUAACUAAAGGAGCAAAUUUAGUUCCUCUGCUAGGCAUAGAUGUCUGGGAGCAUGCUUACUACUUACAGUACAAGAAUGUGAAACCCGAUUACUUGAAGAGCGUAUGGCAUGUUAUGAACUGGAAAUAUGCCAGUGAAGUGUAUGAAACAGAAUGUCCUUGAAGGAACUUGUCCGCCUCGCCAACCGGCUUCCGGAGAUGCUGUAAAUACUCCUGUUAGGUUUUAAGAGGCAAUAACGUGACGAGCUGUAGAGGCAAGGGACGGCUCAUUUUUCAGAUGCGGUAUUUGCUUCCCGGUGUUUUUUCAUGUAUGGAAAGUGUGUAUAAACAAGCUAUAAGCAGGAGCCAUCCAGAGUUGUUUGCCAGUACUGUCUGUCUUUUAGUUGCAUGGUUCACAGCUGGUUCUAUGAUGGAUUCCAUACUUAAAUUGUUUGGGUUUGGCCUUCAUAAGCACAGUUGGCGCAUAAGAGCCGGUAAAAUUUGAAUCACAGUUCUGUUUAUUUUGCGU